GAUCAAUCAAUAGCCCACUCGCCUAAUCUCAACUUAUUACAUUCUUGUUCCUGCUGUCUUCCCUUGACUGGGCCGGCACAUGUGAAUUGAAUAUCCAUAUCCAUAUCCAUAAUAUUUUGUACAGAGGCAGAAGCGUGAGCUGCUGCUGCCGUUGCGGGCACCAUGGACUACAUAUCCAUCUCAACGGCGUGCUUUGCAACGAACAAUGCAAUUUCGAAAACAUCACCGACCCUGCGAGGCUUCAUCCGGGAAGUCAGAGAGGCACGGGCAGAGCUCGAUGCAGUGCUCGCCGAGCUCCAUUCCCUGGAUGGGGUCCUCGAUAUCCUGAAAGAUGACGCCUCGAGCUUUCCCGAGGCACUGGCCAAGCGGACCCCGCCUCUUCUGGAGCAUUGCACAAGCAUAGUGCACCAGAUCGAGGGCUACAUGCACGUUUGCAAUGGCCUAGGCCUCUCGGCAAGGGACAAAAAAUACAGAUGGAUGGCCAUACGAGGAGACAUGGAGAAGCUCAGACUGACGCUAGAGGGAUACAAAUCCACUCUGGCCGUGGUGACAGACCUCGUUGGAUUGACCAAAACCAAGAGGGACAACGACCAGCUCUCCAUCGACAGCGAUGCAUCCAUGUAUGACGACUCGAUCGAGCGGCAGGCGUCGGUAAAUGAGGACAUCAAGAGCGACCUGACCCGUGUCAUGGGCAGUAUGGGUGGCCUCCGGGCAAGGCUGCAGGCCGAAUUCGGGUCCAUCUACGCCGUGUCGGACAUCGAGAAGUAUCUGGACGCGAUGCAGCUGCAGGCGACAAAUCUGGGCUACAGGCUCGAGGCCGAGAGAUUGGAGGCCCAGCAGCCCCCACGGCACUUACAGACACACGCACGUGGAACUGGAGAUCGCGAAGAUCGUCAUCAGACGCACAGUGGGUCCUCGUCAGUGGGUGACGCACCAGACAGCGCCAUCGACAUGAACGACGGGCCCCCGAGCCCGUACCGUCGCCACUCCAAGGAUGAGCCUGAUUCGCCCCCUGGCAGGUCUGACAGGCGGGUGCGGCACGACAAGUCGCUACCGACCCUGCCCAUUGUCGAAAUAGACGAAUUUAUCGACGAGAUCGACGGGCUCGGUGACCUCCCUGAGCCCUCCUCCCCGCGCGCACCCACCCCACCGCCCAAGGCCAUUGGGCGGUCCAACUCCAUGAUCCAUGUUUCAACUCUAUCGCCGUGGACUGGUCACAUACCCGGGAUCUCCAGGCCAUCGUCGGUCCGCAGCGUCAGCGACUACGGCGUCCUCGACUCAGAAGGCAACCCCGUCGUCCCCCGGCGGAUGAGCUCGCUCCGCAGCCUUCCUCGGUCUGACGGCGAUGCUCUGUCGACAGUGGGUAGUCUGAGAGGAAUCCGUCCCCCGAGAAGUGAGAGCAGUUUCAGCAUGUAUUCAACCGGCGGCACAGUCACGACGACCAUCACGGGUGGGGCCCGGGCACAAAGUCCCCCGGCGAUCCGUGAUGCCAGAUCAGUUAAUAGCAGCAGCACCAACAGCAGCAGCACCAACAACAAUAAUACUACUAGUACCAGCAGACCAACUCGACGACUCUUUGGUCGUCGCAGCUCUUUCACCGUCCCGGGCCUGCCCACGAGGCUCAGCACGGCCAGCCACCACAACACCGGCAACGCAAAGGCUCACAUCCUCAGCGCCCUCGCAGGACCGGGCAAUGCCCUCGCCAUGCCAGCAGCCAGGGCCGACGCCCUCUCACACUCUCACGCACAUUCACCCCCAGAACCACCACCGCUGUCGACCCAACGAGCUCACCAUCGUGCAAAUGCGUCGGUUGACACGACAGCCACCAAUGCCACCAAUACCACUUCGGUCAGUGGAUCCAGGGGUCUUCGGCCCUCGACUGCCGUCUCGUCGACGGGCGCCAGCAUACGCAGCAACUCGUCAAGAUUGUCGUCGGUGUUCAGGAGGGUGAGCAUCUGGUCGCCGAGGAUCACGGCCGAGGCAGCCCCGGAGGAGCUGGAGCCGGACGACAUCUUCGGGGUGUCGCUCAAGAAGAGCAUGCAGAUGGCGACGGCGACUGUCAAGACCCACCACGACGGGUCCAAGGCAUCAUCGAGGCGGGACUUCCCGCGGUGCAUCCUGUCGUGCGUGAACUUCAUCAAGGAGAACGGCGGCGUCCGCGCCCCUCACAUCUUCGGCGGCGAGAUGGCAGGCGGCGAGUCGAUGGUGCGCGUCGCCUCCCUCAAGGAGGCCUUCAGCACGGCGCCCUACUACGGCGAGGGCAACAUCGACUGGGCGGCCCACGACGUCUACGACGCCGCCGAGCUGAUCGUCCUGUUCCUGCAGCAGCUGUCCAAGCCCCUCGUCAGCGAGACGGUCGCCAAGCGCUGGAUCGUGCUGUCCAAGCAGGCCACGGUGCCGCACCACCUGCGCCUCGAGGCCUGCAUCGACUUCUGGGACGAGGCCCUGCUGGGCAUCCGCGGCGCCGCCCGCAGCCUGUUCAAGCUGCUGCUCAACCUGUGGGGCGACGUCGCCGACGCCGCCGAGCUCAACGACAUGACGGCCGAGCGCCUGGCCGCCCGCAUGCUCAACCCGCUCAUGCACCUGCCCGCCGGCAAGUACACCACCGACUACAUGCUCGGCCUGGCGUUCUUGAUCCGCAAGAGGAGCGAGUACACCGUCAUGCUCCGCGAUGGGAGGAAGAGCAAGGCCGCUUUCUGAUUUGCUGCGCAGAGAGAGCCCAGUCAGUGAAUGACACUGGGAUGGAUGGACAUCAUGGAUGGAUACAUGUCUUCUUUACCAGCGAGCAUGUGUUUAGGCGGGAGACGUCUCGCUUGAUAUUACACGUGGAACACCACUAUGUUUGGUAGCAAGAUCAGACGCACAGGGCAGCCGUCUGCCGAUGACCACGUUUGAGAAGGAUUGUAUUAUAUGUCACUCUUUUUAUAUAGGGAGGAAUGUUGCUGGCGAAGAUACCCGAGAAUCUCUAAAAUGUAUUGUCUAUUUUCACCACAGAUCUACGCUUGUUUCACUUGAGAAACCCCACUAUUUGAGCGCUUAACCUAGAGUAGUGUACUCAGAUGAUUUCUCACCGUCA